AUGUCCAACACCAAGGCUUUCUUCGAGGUCGAGUACACUCCCGUUGGUAGCGCCGUCGCCAAGGUUGGCCGCAUCAACUUCAACCUCUACGAGAAGGAUGUCCCCAAGACUGCCCGUAACUUCCGUGAGCUCUGCAAGGCUCCCGUGAAGGAGGGCUACAAGGGCUCCAGCUUCCACCGCAUCAUCCCCAACUUCAUGCUCCAGGGUGGUGACUUCACCCGCGGCAACGGUACCGGUGGUCGCUCCAUCUACGGCGAGAAGUUCCCUGAUGAGAACUUCAUCUACAAGCACACUCGCCCCGGUCUGCUGUCCAUGGCCAACGCUGGCCCCAACACUGAACACUCUCUUCUGCCGGAAUUCCGUGCUAACGCGACUCUCUUCUCCAGCAACGGCUCCCAGUUCUUCAUUACCACCGUUGUCACUUCUUGGCUCGAUGGCAAGCACGUCGUUUUCGGCGAGGUUGCUGACCAGGAGUCCAUGAACGUUGUCAAGGAGAUCGAGGCUCUCGGCUCCUCCAGCGGCUCUCCCCGCUCCGCUACCAAGCCCACCAUUGUCAACUGUGGUGAGAUGUAA